UUUUCGAUUCCUGUCAACCGGGUCGGCGCGCGGUUAUCUAGGCAACCACUUGUUGGUCGUGAAGACAUCCGAUUGUCAAGCUGCAUUGUUUGUCUUAAAUUCGUGUCGUUGAAUUGCCAGCGCAGUCAACUUUGCAUUGUGAUCCCAAGUUUCGUACAACCAAAGUUGCAUUUUCCAAGGUGUUACCGUAAUAUUAAAGAUGUGUGAUGACUCUUGGGUUCUUCGUUCUAACAUCUCCGACCAAGACACUCUAAUUCAUUUGGCGAAGCUCGCAGAGCAAGCUGAGAGAUUCCAAGAUAUGGCAAGUGCUAUGAAGAAAGUUACUGAGUUAUCAAAAGAACUGAGUAACGAAGAAAGAAACUUGCUUUCGGUUGCUUACAAAAAUGUGGUUGGUUCUCGCAGAUCCUCCUGGCGUGUUAUUUCAAGCAUAGAGCAGAAACUGGAUGGCAAUAAAAGGAAACAAGCUGAAGAGUAUCGUAAGGUUAUCGAGAACGAAUUAGAUGCUGUAUGCAAAGAAGUCAUUGAUAUAUUAAACAAACAUCUUGUCGAUAAUGAGAAAACUUGUGAAGGCAUCGUUUUUUACAAAAAGAUGAAGGGCGAUUACUAUAGGUAUUUAGCUGAAGUCAAAACUGGUGAUGAACGUGCUGAAGCCGUAGUGCAGUCUGAUGAAGCCUAUAGGGAAGCGACAGAAGCGGCAGUUAAAGAUCUACCUCCAACUCAUCCAAUACGCUUGGGUUUAGCCCUCAACUAUUCUGUAUUUUACUACGAAAUCGAAAACAAUCCGGAUAAAGCAUGCCGCCUUGCUAGAGCCGCGUUCGAUGACGCAGUUGCACAGUUAGGCCAGGUAUCAGUGGAGAGUGAAUCCUACAAGGAUAGUACGUUGGUGAUGCAGCUGCUUCGUGACAAUUUAACUUUGUGGACAUCUGAACAAGAAGGUGUGCAGUAAUGCUCUGGUCCAUAUUCAUGCUGUUUUACGCUUGAACGUAGCGCCGAAAUUGCUCUCCAUACCUUUUCAUUAAUGUGUGAUCAAAUUUAGUGGACACUACAAAAUUUUAGUCUCAAAAUACCUCCGUUGAACAUGUGUGAUAAUUGUCGUCAUUAUAUCUUUUGAUGCACUAAUUUCGAUGACUAUUUGCGUCAGACUUAACUGUAAAAUCUUUCCUGUUUAUGUUCAUGCCUGAUAGUUCAACUGGGAAGGAUAACUACUUUUGUCAAAUAAACCAUAUAUCUGUCGAGUCUAGAUUUCACGUGAUUCCUGUCUAAAAAUGUUAUUGUAGCCAUUUAAUUAAAUCAUUUUAAAUUCAAAUACUCUUCAUAUAACGCCAUUUGUAAAAGCUUUUCAUGAGGGCUUGGUGGUUUCGGUUCACGUUAUUGUUUGAAUCACACUUCCUGCGAAACACACCUGUUUUCAGUAUAUUAACUGCCUUUGUAUCCUUAAUUAUCAAUGUUAGGUCUAUCUAGUGUGAUAUCAGGCAAAAUAAAUCAUUUGUCGAAAUUAGUCACAGAACCUUUAUAAAAUGGACUCAGUGAUCGUUUCAUUUUAAGGUGUAAGCGUGAAAGCGAGGUUAUGCUGGUUAUUGAUUUAAGGUUCUGGCGAACUUAUUAUGAGUUCAUACAAAUUUGAUGUUAUUGCCAAACCCG